ACACGAGAAAUGCAAUGCUAAAUUAUUUUAAAGCAAUUAAAAAAGUUGAUACAUUUGAUACUUUUGAUAAAGGCAUUAGUGCAGCAAGAAGUUAUAGAGAAUUGAAUAAUCAAUGUGCUUAUGACAUAGUAUUUAUUGGACUUUAUGAAAAUAAUGAAGAAGAGGUCAUGAAAGCAACUUUAGAAUUAAGAGGACUAGAAAUGAAUAAUAAUAAUUUAGCUAUAAUCUUUAUAAUUUUUCAAAAUAAUAAAGAAAAUGAAUUAGCCGAAAAAUUAAUUGGAAAAGUUGGAGGAAAAAUUACAAUUCUUCAUACUCCAAUUACAUGGAAAAAGUUAAUUAGUCUAUUUAUGUAUGUGGAAAACAACUACUCUGCUAUUAAUAAAAAUAAUAAGAGUCUGCAUGCAAAUGAAAAUAUUCUGAAGAGAUUAGCAGAUCAUAAGUUUUGUAAAUCUGAAAAUAUAGAUCAAGAUAUAUAUGAAGACAUAAUAGGAAGUGAUUCCAAGAUAAGCAAGUGCAUUUUAUGUGUGGAUGAUAAUCCUAUUAGUCUUGAGAACACAUUGAAACAAGUUUCAAAACUUGGUUAUUCAACAAUUUCUGCAUCAAAUGGUCUAGAAGCAGUCAAAUUGAUUGGUUCAAAAUCAGUCUAUUCAGAUAUAGAUCGGAUAAAGCCUUAUAAAAUUUCAUUAGUUUUAACAGAAUAUAAUUUACCGAUAAUGUCAGGCUUUGAUUUUUCACAAGCAAUUAGGGCAAUGAAACUACCAAUUUCAAAUAUACCAAUCAUUGCCUUAACAGCCUUACCUGUGGAAGAGAUACGAAAUAAAUGUAUCGAAUCAGGAAUAAAUGAUUAUAUUGCAAAGCCUUUGCAAACUGAAGAACUUGAAAAUGUUUUAACUAAAUGGAUUG